AGGCGCGCGAGCCGAACCCGGAGAGGCGGCUCCGCGGCCGCAGGCGCAGGCCCGGGCCGACUAGCGAGACGCUGGGCGCGCCGGCCGCGGCAGCUCAGAGUCCCAACAUGCGCCGGUCGGUGUGGCUGGCGCUGGCCGCGUCGCUCUUGCAUGUGUCCCUGCAAGGCGAGUUCCAGAGGAAGCUCUACAAGGAGCUGGUCAAGAACUACAACCCCUUGGAGAGGCCCGUGGCCAACGACUCGCAGCCGCUCACCGUCUACUUCUCCCUGAGCCUCCUGCAGAUCAUGGACGUGGAUGAGAAGAACCAAGUUCUAACUACCAACAUUUGGCUGCAAAUGUCUUGGACAGAUCACUAUUUACAAUGGAAUAUGUCAGAAUAUCCGGGCGUGAAGACUGUUCGUUUCCCAGAUGGCCUGAUUUGGAAGCCAGACAUUCUUCUCUAUAACAGUGCUGAUGAGCGAUUUGAUGCCACAUUCCACACCAACGUGUUAGUUAAUUCUUCUGGGCAUUGCCAGUACCUCCCUCCAGGCAUAUUCAAGAGCUCCUGUUACAUUGAUGUGCGCUGGUUCCCCUUUGAUGUGCAGCAGUGCAAACUCAAGUUUGGGUCCUGGUCCUACGGAGGGUGGUCCUUGGAUCUACAGAUGCAAGAGGCAGAUAUCAGCGGCUAUAUCCCAAACGGAGAAUGGGACCUUGUGGGAAUCCCAGGCAAGCGGAGUGAGAAGUUCUAUGAGUGCUGCAAAGAGCCGUACCCAGACGUCACCUUCACAGUGACCAUUCGCCGCAGGACCCUCUACUAUGGCCUCAACCUGCUCAUCCCCUGUGUGCUCAUCUCUGCGCUGGCCCUCCUCGUCUUCUUGCUCCCUGCAGAUUCUGGGGAGAAAAUAUCCCUGGGGAUAACAGUUUUACUCUCUCUUACUGUCUUCAUGUUGCUGGUGGCUGAGAUCAUGCCUGCGACAUCUGACUCAGUGCCCUUGAUAGCCCAGUACUUUGCCAGCACCAUGAUCAUCGUGGGCCUCUCUGUGGUCGUGACAGUGAUUGUGCUGCAGUAUCACCACCACGACCCUGAUGGCGGCAAGAUGCCCAAGUGGACCAGAGUCAUCCUUCUGAACUGGUGCGCAUGGUUCCUGCGCAUGAAGAGGCCCGGGGAGGACAAGGUGCGGCCGGCCUGCCAGCACAAGCCGCGCCGCUGCAGCCUGGCCAGCGUGGAGAUGAGCGCGGUGGCAGGGCCACCGACCACCAACGGCAACCUGCUCUACAUUGGCUUCCGCGGCCUGGACGGUGUGCACUGUGCCCCCACCCCCGACUCGGGCGUCGUGUGUGGCCGCAUGGCCUGCUCCCCCACGCACGACGAGCAGCUCCUACAUGGCGGGCAGCCCCCCGAGGGGGAUCCCGACCUGGCCAAGAUCCUGGAGGAGGUCCGCUACAUUGCCAAUCGUUUCCGCUGCCAGGACGAGAGCGAGGCCAUCUGCAGUGAGUGGAAGUUUGCCGCCUGCGUGGUGGACCGCCUGUGUCUCAUGGCCUUCUCCGUCUUCACCAUCAUCUGCACCAUCGGCAUCCUGAUGUCCGCCCCAAACUUCGUGGAGGCUGUGUCCAAAGACUUUGCUUAAUCUGGUUCUGGUCCCCAGCAUGUAGGAAAACGCACAGACAGGUGAUGUCAUUAGCUUGGGGAUAAUUUGGGGUGCUAAUCCCAUAGCCACACUAAACAUGAGGACACUGAUGUACCCGUAGCUGUCAGUCAUGUCGUUACAGUCUCCUUGUUCCUUUCAGUAAUAGGAUCUCAGCACGUUUUUGUUUCAUCCUCUCAGAGGGGCUCCUUGAUAUCCUUGGAACAUCCUUAGGGUCCCCAGAACCACUGAGAGGUCAUUUUGCCCAUUCCCCAGUGCCUGGUGAGCCCUUUAGAGAGGUCAGAGUGGCUCAGGACUGCCAAGGGAAGCCUGUAAACCUGGUUUGCAUGCCUGCAUGUCACUUGCCAAGAAGGCCUACAUGAAAAUUCAACAUAUGCUUUUGCCUGUUUACAAACCUAGAUUGAAAAAAAUAAUAAUAAUGAUAAGCUGCAGUCACUAGAUCCAUUCAAAUUAUUGGUCAAAGGAAACAAAACUAAAACUAAAAACCUAACUGCUGGUGUUUUCUGCAAUUCAGGUUUUAUUUUUCUCUACCAUAGACAGUUGGUAGAGAGAAACAGUUUUAUGCUGUUCCUACAUUUUAAAACACACACACACACACACACACACACACACACACACACUUGAUCUUAUAAAUUAUGCUUUUACCAGCCUGAGUCCUGCCAGUCUACCCUGUGGAGGGAAUUAGGACAGACACAGAUGUGUGUUGAUUCUGAACUAGGACUAGACCCAGGCAAGUCAGAGGGAUUGCUAUAGCUGCUAGUGACUCACAUUUCCGGUGCUGCCCCCAGACACUGGGGACUUGAGUCUGCUCUAUUCUGAAACACCCAAAGGAUAAAUAGAGUUCUAUUAGAAUUACCAGCCCAGUGUAAUAGCUAGAGGUUAAAUUAAACCAGCUAUGUAUUUCUUUUUUUUUAAAUAAUAUAUUAGAUAUUUCACAUGUACUAGAGUCGAUUAGUGUUAGAAACUUGUGGGUCCAUACAAAUGCACAACAUAAAGUGAAAAUAUGCCAAGCUUUUCUUUAUGUGUCAAGGCCAGGGGCAGGGUCUGGGACAUCUUCUCGUUCCCUGUAUGGCAGGAACUGGGAAGGGAAUGAUGUGGCCACUGGCUUUCCUGGAUGAAAGGCCAAUGGAAGUCAACAGAAGGGGCUGGCAGGCUAAAAAUGGCUAUACAACCAGUAACUCCAGUCUCUGAUUUUUAGGGAUCUGCUUACCCACAGCUCAUCUACCCCAAUGUUAGCCCAGAAAGGUGGCUUGAGCAGGUAGAUUCCCUGGAGAUAAGUGUUUUGAAAGCCAGGGAAACUUUAAUUUUAAACCUACGUGGUGACAUGGUUCACCACUUAACAUAAUCCAGCUGACAAAAGUCACUUUGCCUUUUCCCAUUCUCCUUAUUUUUUAAUGACAGGAGAGGGAAACACAACAGAACCUCUCCUGUUCUAUUGUUUCAUACAGUAACUGCUCAGAGCUCAAAACUACAGAAGGCUUUGAGCUCCUGGGGAUCUUUAGUUUGCUUCUAACCCCUGAGAUGGGUAUAUAUUAUGAGGGAAGAUUAGAUUUUCAGAGGAAAAGAAAUUGCAUACCUUUCUCCAGCCAUUUAUUUCACUCAUUUCUGGGUAAUGAGCAUGGAUUGGUUUGCACUGAGGAAUAUGGAGGCUUGGUGCAUGCUCUGUGGGCACGUAAGCUCUGUGGAGGCUUGUGCAUGUGGGCGCGUGAGCACUGAUUGCAGCUGCAGAGAGGAUACCUUGUUUAUAAGGCGGUUGAUAAAUAAAAGCAUUCCAGCAUCACACCAUUGGGAGUAUGGCUGUUCUCAGAGUUUACCCAUUCUACAUGGGAUAGAUGAACAAUGCACAAUCUUUUCUUUUUGUGUUUAUUUUUUUUCUAUUUUAGAAAUCAGUAGAGGUGUUUUGAUAUCUAAGAGAAUGUUUCAUUUGUUACUGCUAUCUGAAAAUUAAUGUCUACAACAUUUUUCCUUGGAAAAAACCUUUUUUGGUUUUGUAUUUUAUACAGAAAAACAUAAAAAAGCAAAUAAAAGUAUGUUGACCACUAAAAUAAUGCUCUGCCAUUUUAAAAAGUAAUAAGGAAAAGAUGCACAUGUAGUAAAAAAAAAAAAAAAAAAAAAAAAAAAAAAGAGAGAGAGAGAGAGAAAGAAAGAAAGAGCAAGCAAGAAAAAGAAAAGAAAAGCAUGAAUGGCCACAGGGACCACCUAUGAGUGAGCUUCUGAGGACUAGGAGGCAUUUCCAGAAGGGAAGAAAAAGAAAGGGAAGGAGGCCAGGAGAGGGAGAAAUGGGGUGUGGAAAGAGACUCCUUUUUUUUUAACCACUCAUGCUAUGCACACAGCACUCUGCACUUCGCUUUCUGCACUUAGUGUUUUAUCUUUACAUAACAACAUAUAAAGAUCUACCUCAUUCUUCUUAAUAGCUGCUUGGCAUACCAUUGUCUCAGUGGAUAUAAUUUCUUUGGUUAGUCUAUUAGUGAACAUAUAGAAUAUUUCCAGUUUUUACUUUUAUACACAAAUCUGUAAUUAGCAUCCUUGAUUUAUAUUUUAGCAUACUUUUGUGACUAUACCUUGGUGUAAAUUCUAAGUUGGAAAUGGAAUUGCUGGAUUUAAGGACAUGUGCAUUUAACAUUUUGGUAGGUAUUGCCAAAUUACCCCCCAAAGACCGAUCAAUGGAUACACCUACCAAGAGUGUAAUGAAAAGGCCAAUUUCUCAGCUUUCUCAACACUAUUAUCAAACUUAAUAUUUUUUUUCUAAUCUGGUGACAGAUUAUAUUGCAAUGUUAUUCUGAUUAAGUUAAUUUUAUUAUAAAUGGAGUAUCUUUUCAGAUGUUUUUUGUAAAUUUCAGUUUUUGUAAAUUUAUGUCCUUUAUACAAUUUACAGUUGGGUUAUUUGGCUUUUUCUUAAUUUGUGUACUUUGGAACUUUUCUGUCUUAUGUCUUGAAAAUAUUUUUAUUUGUUUAGAAACAUUUUUAUUUGUUUAUUAUUUGUGUUUUGAUGUUAUUUAUUUUGUAGCAUAUAUAAAGUUUUAAGUUUUAUGUUGUCAAUUUAUCCAUAUUUGCCUCGGUAGAUCCUGGGAUCUGUUUCCAGUUUUAAAAGGCCUUCCCCAUUCUGAUUAUAAAUAAAUUUACUCAUAUCUUCUUCUAAA